AUGCCUCUCAAGAGAUUUUUGGUUCAUCGUCAAAGCGGUAGACAAUUUCGUCUCAAUGGGAUUCAUCGAUCAAGACGCUUGCCUGGAAAACAUCAUUUACGACAGAACUUUAGUGAUCAUGUAAAAUAUAGUGCGGAUCAACUUCCACCGAGUGUUGAUUUUCGACCAAAUAUGCCACCUGUUGAAGAUCAAUCACAAAUUGGAAGUUGUACGGCAAACAGUCUUGCUGGUGCAUACGAAUAUAUCAUCAAGAAGUCGGAGGGUAAUGACAUAGCUGUCAGCCGUCUUUUCAUCUAUUAUAAUGAACGUGCUAAGGAAAAUCCAUCAAAUAUAACUGACUCCGGUGCUACACUAACAGAUGGCAUUGAGACGAUAGAAGAAUUCGGAGUUUGUCUCGAAUCUUUUUGGCCAUAUGAUAUUUCACAGGUAAAUACAAAGCCAAGUGAUGAAGCUUAUCAAGAAGCAGUAGGUCACAAAAUCACCAACGCUCUCCAAGUGAAUCGCGACCUGAAUGAAAUGAAAUCAUGUCUGGCACAAGGGUUUCCAUUUGCCUUCGGAUUACAAUUGUAUCCAUCAUUUAAUAAGGCAACAACGGGAGGUGUUGUACGCAUGCCAAGUUCUGAUGAACUCAGCGGACAACCAUUGGGAGGUCAUGCACUUCUAGCAGUUGGAUAUAGUGAUCAAUCGCAAUCAUUUAUUGUUCGAAAUUCGUGGGGACAAGACUGGGGUGAUCAAGGAUAUUGCUAUAUUCCAUACGAUUAUAUGACCAAUACUGAAUAUUGUUAUGAUGCAUGGACUAUUCGUACUUUGAGUACCGAUGAUUUUGGUCAAGAUGAAUGGAAUAAUGACGAUUCAGUCGAUUAUCGGCAGUCUAACGACAAUGAUGAUGACAAUGAUGAUGAUAAUGACAAUCCAAUCGAAGAGCACAGUUCAGACGAUGGCAACUAA